UGCUGGGCAAGUGCAUCGUCUUCGACGAAUGAUGCUGCAAAGCUGGCGAUUCCCCGCUGGUGCGAGAGUUGAUCAGAUCGAGGUCAGCUCAGUCGAUGGCUUCCAAGGGCGAGAGAAAGAGGUCAUCGUUUUCUCGGCAGUACGAUCUAACAAGCAUUCUCAGCUUGGGUUUUUGAGCGAUAGGCGAAGACUGAACGUCGCACUUACUCGGGCAAAGGCGGCGCUCUUUGUUGUCGGCAACGCUUUGACGCUACAAGGCAAAACGCCUGCAUCUGGCGCUACUGCUGUAUCACCUUCAAAAACGCCCAUCUGGUCCCGAUACAUGCGGUUUCUCGAAGGAAAGUCAAGGCCCGAUGCUUCUGCAGCGUAGCGACAUACUCGAUGAGGCAAUGCUCCAUUUGGCUACGCGUGUGAACUAUGCCUUACCAUUGCAGUGUUGUCGAAACAAUC